CGAUCACAACAUCAAGUUCCCAGAACCCGCCUCACAGCUCCUCAAACCAAACUGUUCGAUGUUUUUCAAAUUUUCAAAGUUCAAACGUCUAAGAUAUCUAUAGCAUCCCUAAACCUACAUCAAUUUCCCAUCGUAAUUCUCUAUCCCUAAUGCGACACCCAAAAUUUUCCCAAACUAUUUGCCACGCCUGCAAACAAUGGAUGUCUUCCUCUUGGAAACAGUGAUAUUAAUGGAAAACAUUGAUUCUCAACCUUUGUACUUGAUCUUGCUUGUGCAAGAAAAUGUUAACCCAGACAUUUCUUUCAAAAGGUUCGAAUUCGAAGCAGUGCACAAGGUGCCUUGAUACCCUGCAGUUGGUUCAGCUGGUCUGGAAAAUAGAUGGCGUCCCCGAUCUAUUUAUGUUUAUCAAAGUCAACACAGACUAGUGGUUGUAAAGGUAAAAUGUUCUAUACAUGGUCGCAAUGUUGAAAAGGAAGCAGAUGGCAUUGCAUAUGUUAAGUCUGAAAUGUACGGAACAUAUGCUUUUUUCAAUAUAGAAGAUGGAAAAGAAGAGGAUGAUGAAUUCAAGAAGAGAAAGCGGAAUAUUGUUGAGGCUGCUGUUGUCUUGCAUAUGCUCUUUAAACUAUGCAAAGGCAGAAUAUAUUUGGAAAACUACAAUGAAACAAAGACUUGAAGAUGCAAGAGAUUUCUUCGCUGAGGCAAAAAGCUGGAAUGAUGCGGCAAUUGCGUAUGCCAGAGCUAAGUGUUUUGAGAAAUGUUUAAUUGCCUGCACAAAAGGAAAACUAUUUGAUAUUGGAUUGAAAUUAAUUCAAGAAUUGAAUAAAGAAAACUGUAAAUCGAACUGUGAAAGAUGUGAUACUUGUCAGAGAGUAAAAAUUGAAGUUGAGUAUCUUAGAAUAUCUGCAACUUAUUUUCAUCACAGAAAAGAUACGAAGACUAUGAUGAAAUUUGUGAAAGCCUUUCCUGCAUUGGACUUAAUUAGAUCUUUUCUGUGGAAUAAUGAAUACUUUGAUGAACUUCUGCAAAUUGAAGUGGCAAUAAUUCAAGAAUUGAAGAAAGAAAACUGCAAAUCAAACUGCAGAAGAUGCGAGACUUGUCAAAGAGUAAAAAUUGAAGUUGAGUAUCUUAGAGCCUCUGCAACUCAUUUUCAUGACAUAAAAGAUACGAAGACUAUGAUGAAAGCCUUUCCUACAUUGGACUUAUUUAGAUCUUUUCUGUGGAAUAAUGAAUACUUUGAUGAACUUCUGCAAAUUGAAGGGGCAAUAAUUCAAGAAUUGAAGAAAGAAAAUUGCAAAUCAAACUGCGGAAGAUGCGAGACUUGUCAAAGAGUAAAAAUUGAAGUUGAGUAUCUUAGAACCUCUGCAACUCAUUUUCGUGACAAAAAAGAUACGAAGACUAUGAUGAAAUUUGUGAAAGCCUUUCCUACAUUGGACUUAAUUAAUUCUUUUCUGUGGAAUAAUGAAUACUUUGAUGAACUUCUGCAAAUUGAAGUGGCAAAUGGGGACUUCGUAAGGGCUGCAGAAAUGGCAGAGCUAAAAGGGGAUUUGUUACUCCAGGCUGACAUGCUAGAAAAAGCAGAAAAAUAUGAAGAAGCGAUUAGAAUAAUUCUAUUUCAUGUGCAGCUAAAUUCUUUGUGGGGAAUGAAAAAUAGAGGAUGGCCAUUACGACAAUUUCCUGAAAAGAAUAAACUUUUAGGGGAAGUAAAACGAAUAGCUAUACAAAACCUGCAACAUGUACCUGACGCCCUUGAUUGUAAAGUAUUAAUUCUUUUAAACGAGUCUCACAAUCUCUCCGAGAUAACAGAACAAAUGAUCCUCGCACAGAAGAUGGGAAAUCUUAACUCUGAAGCGCUCUCUCUUCGAAAAGUUCUUGAUGUGCACAUUUGUUCUGAUGCCAAAAAAUUUCAGCAUGAGCAAGUGGGAAGUCUACUCAAGAUGGAUUAUAAUUCUAAAAUGCUGCUGGAGAAUAGAGUCUCUAUAACAACAAUGAUGUUCCUUUGGAAUGCAUGGAAGGAUAAACUGUUAUCCUCGGUGGAUUCAUUCAUAAAACUAGAAAAGCAACCGGAAAAAGAAGAAGAUAAGGUCUACAUUGAAUUUGCGUAUGAAUAUUUUGGAGCCAGAGUGAGCAGAAAUAGAUCCUGCACCGUGUUUAACAGUGAAGCCUUCUGGCUUAAUGAUAGGAGGCUUGGGUUGUUGCAGAGACAAGGAAAUUGUCCAGGGAUUAGCAUUCAGAAUUUUUUUAUGCAUGCAAGAAAGUUUCUCUUAAUGGAACUGUUUUCUGUUGGAAUCGAAGUUGUCAAAAAACUACAAGAGAUUUAUCUUUCCUGCAGAAAUCAACAUUGUAUGUGUAAAGGCACUCCUAUAUUGCAGAUUUAUCAAGCUUUAAAAUCUUUGGAAGAAAGAAAGUUGGUUAGAUUUGACGAGGACGAGCAAUUCUUUGAGAUUUUUUUCCCAUUGAAGACACAAUAUGAAAACUUGAAGGAAUUCAUUUCUCUCCGUGAAAGUCCAACACGUAGUGUGAUUCUCGAAGAUAUAACUGCAAAUAUUAUAAGAAAAAUUUAUAGGGGCAUAAAUCUUGGCCAGAUUGGAAGAUUGCAACUAUUACGCCCUUUUUGGCCGAAGCAUCUUGUGACAGAGUAUGGUAAAACAAUUAUUAAGAGUCUUGAUGACAACAAUUGCUGGAAUAAUGAACUGCUCUGGUUGAAUACAGGUGACUGUUUGCUGGAUAAAAGGCUGUGUAUGAUAGAAAGUUUUGACAAAGCCUUACACGGUACCUUUCAGAACUGGCAUAACCAUAUUGACUACAUUUCUCCGCAUAUUUUUCUCAUUCUACUGGAAAAGCUGUUCUCUUUUUCAUAUGUGAACAUCUAUCAAGAGGCUUGGUUUUGCCUAGAUGUUUCUUUGUAAUGUUUAUGACUGGAGAAGGGAACUCCUCAUGUGCUUGGUUGCGUCAAUCACAAUGUGUACCUAGAUGCCACGGAAGACUUGAAAACUUUUAUGGACCAAUUUUUCAUAUGAUUUGUGAGUUACUAAUAACUGAAAAAGCUGCAACAUUUACAUGGAUAGAAACUUUUAAGAUGAACAUCAGAAAUUAUUUUCCAGAGAUGGUGACGCGUUUGAUCAUUAUGCUUUUCUUGAUAGAAGUCAACAGCAUACAUUUUUAUCAGGAUGCUAUACAUGGUCUUUUAACGAUCUUCCAAGAUAGGGAUAUCACAAAGAAUCUGCCUCCUGAAUUUGGAGGAAAUCUGCUUCAAAGUUUACAGAAGUGUAAUAUAAACAAAGAGACAUUUUCCAUUCACUUCUGUCGAUUUAUGAGAGAUAUUGUUAAUCCUUUGGUGAUGAUUGAUUUAGAAAAUGGUCCCGAGUUCAGUAGUAGCCAUGGCAAUUUCAUUGUUCUUGGACUAGAUAACAUUGUAUCUAAGAAAAUUCUAUUUCAAACCAUCUUUCAGGAUAAAGGUGAUAUGGUUGCACAAAAUGAAAGGGAUGGAGAUGCAAAGAGUAAAGAGCUUCUGAUACGUUGCAGAAAGAUCAUGCAGCCAUCAAAUGCUAAUAAUUCCAUAACUAAUACAGAGUAUUUCUAGUUCUCUUAAAGCUGAAAAAGUAAAUUCUGCUAAUGCUGAGGGUCUUAGAGGUGAACAAGAGAAGGAGAAUACUUUGUGCACACCUACAUUGCGCUCUAGUAACAAUGAUGAACAGAAAAAGGGUGAUUCUUUUGGAGUUGAGGACAGCUCUAGAGAUGAGACUAUCCAGUUUAAAUUACUUGAAAUUAACAAACUGUCUUUUAAGUUUGAAGUAGAUGGUCAAUCUGUACUGUUGUCUGUUCCAUAGAGGAUGAAGAGGUGGCUUUCUUGUGCUAGGAGUCGUCUUGGAAAGACACUAUCUUUUAAGGACAAAUACAUUUGGGAAGUUUGCAGAGCAUUCCAAGGAAACAGAAAUUCUACCUAUACGGAGACUUUUAUUUCAAAAGCUUGUCCUCUCAAGGCUGAGAGUGACAAGCUCUUGGACCUGACAGAGACCACAAUACAAAAGGUUAAACACAGAAAAGUUCAGCUUGAUGAAGAAAAUGAUAUAUUAAAGGAAAUGCAUGAUAUCCAUAAAGAACUGUCGCAUUUAUCUGAACUUCUUUGUCCAAGGCAUGAGAAGCAUAAAGAUUGUGACCUUGAAUGGCUAGAGAACGAUGCUGUAGGCUGUACUUCUAUUAGGUUACAAGAAAGUAGGCACAGAUUCAACAGGUUUAAGUAUACAUUUGAAGAUGACAUUCGGACUGACACUGAGUGCAUUCAGCAGCUUUCAACAGGUCACUCAUAAAACAAGCAAAUGACAAAUAUAUAAUAAAGGGAAAAAGGAAGAGUGGCAAAAGUAAGAAAUAAAAUUGAGAAUAUCUUCUGGCUGUGUAAGGGAUUUGAUUUUGGUAUAUAAUUAUUACAUUACAUGCUUGAAAGAGACACUGGAUUCAUGAUAUUUUGUAUUAAGAUUUGACCUGUGUUAUUCUUUCUUGAGAAUAUAUUAUAGGUCAUACCUUGACAGAUUUAGAAAACCUUUUGUUAAAAAAAUCGCAUUGUAUUAUAUAAGAGUAACCAAAAAUCAGAUGACUGCUAAGGACAGAAGGAAGGUAUUUCUUUGAAUUAACUUAAGUGUUUUUUGAUGCCUAAUAGGAGAAUGAAUGAAGUAACUUAUUUAAAUUACUUUCAGACACCUGAUUGCCGAUGGACCAACAGUAUUACAACUGCUGUCUAAAAGAAGGGGCUCAAAAUAAGGGCAGUUCAAUCUGAGUUGUUUCUCUCAGACAUUUUGGCUUGGUAGAGCCUUCUUCUACGUUGUUGAUA